GUCACACGCUUCUCACGAGGAUCAAACUUCUUUCUGUCUAUUCUCUCUGGUCUCUUAUAACUGCAGAGAAGGAGAAAGGGGGGAAAAAGGAGAAGAAGAAGGAUGGGUUUCAUAUUUGGGGUUGUGGUUGGAAUAGUUGUGGGGUUAGCCAUCAUUGUUGGGUUCGUUCGCCAUGAGAAUUCGAGGUCUAGCCAACGAUCUCAGCUUGCCAACACCGUUGCAGCUUUUGCAAGGAUGAGCGUCGAAGAUUCUAGAAAGAUCUUGCCACCUCAGUUCUAUCCUUCUUGGGUCGUCUUCUCUACUAGGCAGAAGUUGAGUUGGCUUAACUCGCAUCUUACUAAGAUCUGGCCUUAUGUUAAUGAGGCUGCUUCUGAGCUCAUAAAAACAUCGGCGGAACCGAUUCUUGAAGAAUACAGACCCAUGGUUUUGGCUUCUCUCAAGUUUUCCAAGUUUACUCUUGGUACUGUAGCACCACAGUUUACAGGAGUUUCUAUAAUUGAAGAUGAAGGGGAUGGUGUGACAAUGGAGUUAGAAUUGCAGUGGGAUGGGAAUCCAAGUAUUGUACUUGAUAUUAAAACACUGCUUGGUGUUGCACUUCCAGUGCAGGUAAAAAAUAUAGGAUUUACAGGAGUUUUCAGGUUGAUUUUUAAGCCGCUAGUUGACGAAUUUCCUGGCUUUGGAGCUGUUAGCUAUUCAUUAAGGCAGAAGAAAAAGUUGGAUUUUACACUAAAAGUCAUUGGCGGCGACAUAUCUGCAAUCCCUGGAUUGUAUGAUGCAAUUGAGGGAGCUAUUCGGGAUGCUGUUGAAGAUUCUAUUACAUGGCCUGUGAGAAAAGUUGUACCCAUCUUGCCUGGAGAUUACAGUGAUCUGGAGUUGAAGCCUGAGGGGAUAUUAGAAGUAAAGCUUGUGCAAGCAAAGGAAUUAACAAACAAGGAUAUCAUUGGGAAAUCUGAUCCAUAUGCUGUAGUAUACAUACGGCCUUUACGCGAGAGAACUAAAAAAAGCAAGACAAUUAACAAUGAUUUGAAUCCAAUUUGGAAUGAACACUUUGAAUUUAUUGUGGAAGAUGUGUCCACCCAGCACUUAUAUGUUAAAGUGUAUGACGCUGAGGGUUUAGGGUCAUCUGAAUUGAUUGGAUGUGCUGACGUACGGCUUAGUGAACUUCAGCCUGGUAAAGUAAAAGAUUUGUGGUUGAAGCUGGUCAAGGAUUUGGAGAUCCAAAGAGAUAACAAGAACAGAGGGCAGGUACAUUUGGAGCUUUUGUACUGUCCUUAUGGCAUGGAGAAUAGCUCUACAAACCCAUUUGCUCCCAACUUCUCGAUGACAUCCUUGGAAAAGGUUAUGAAAAAUGCAACGAAUGCAAUAGAUUCUAAUGGAAAUGAAAAUGCAAUUACACAGAAGAGAAAGGAGGUUAUUAUUAGAGGAGUCCUUUCUGUUACUGUGAUAUCUGCUGAAGACUUGCCGGUAACAGAUUUCAUGGGGAAAUCUGAUCCUUUUGUUGUUCUUACCUUGAAGAAAGCAGGAACAAAAAACAAAACCAGGGUUGUGAAUGACAGCUUGAAUCCUGUUUGGAAUCAAACAUUUGACUUUGUUGUCGAGGAUGGAUUACAUGAUAUGCUAAUUGUUGAAGUUUGGGACCAUGACACAUUUGGAAAGGAUUAUAUGGGCAGAUGUAUAUUGACGCUUACUAGGGUCAUACUAGAGGGUGAAUACAAAGAACGUUUUGAGCUAGAUGGUGCCAAAUCUGGCUAUUUGAAUUUGCAUCUCAAGUGGAUGCCGCAACCAAUAUACCGUGAUUCUUAAGUUUUCCUUUACACCUUCCUGACACUAUGUAUAAGUUUGUAGAGGAUGUAGUUGUGGAUAUCUACACCAUAUACCUUAUUGAUUUGUUGUAUCGUGUAUCUUGAUAGCAAUAACAGUAAUCAGUGUACAUAAUUGUCUCGUCAAACAUGGUAAAGAUGUAAAGAUUUCUAUUGUUGAUUAUCA